UUGUAAAUAAGAAUUAAAUUGAUGGAGCUGAUUAAUAGAGUGUUGAAUUUGGUGGCGCCGCCGGCAAGCUUGAUGAUGCUGGCGUUUGCAUGGCCAACUCUCUACUUCAUCAGCAGCUGCGAGUGGAUUUACAGCACUUAUUUCCACAGUGAGGCCAUGGAAAAUAAGGUCGUCGUCAUCACCGGCGCCUCCUCUGGGAUCGGAGAGCAAAUAGCGUAUGAAUACGCGAAGAGAGGGGCCAAUCUCGUGCUGGUCGCGCGAAGAGACCAUAGGCUACGAGCAAUAAGUGAGAAUGCUAGAAGGUUCGGGGCAGCGCAUGUGUUGACAAUAGCUGCUGAUGUUGUCAAGGAAGACGACUGUCGGAGAUUCAUCAACGAGACCAUCAACUGCUACGGACGAGUGGAUCAUCUAGUGAAUACAGUGACAUUAGGGCAUACUUUCUAUUUCGAGGAAGCUACGGAUUCAAAUUUGUUUCCCAUCAUAAUGGAUAUAAACUUUUGGGGCAAUGUGUAUCCGACAUACGUGGCGCUGCCGUAUUUGCGUGAGACCAAUGGUCGUAUAGUAGUGAACACUUCAGUGGAAAACUGGCUGCCUUUGCCUAGGAUGAGCUUGUAUUCUGCUGCCAAAUCGGCCCUCAUGAACUUCUACGAAACACUGCGGUUCGAGCUGAAGGACGAGGUGGGGAUAACGGUAGCCACGCACGGUUGGAUCGGGGCGGAGAUGAGGAGGGGCAAGUUCAUGAUGGAGGAAGGCGCCGAGAUGCAAUGGAAGGAAGAAAGAGAAGUCAAUGUACGAGGCGGCCCAGUGGAGGAGUUCGCGAAGCACAUUGUCUCAGGAGCGUGCAGAGGAGAUCCGUACGUGAAGUAUCCGAGCUGGUACGACGUUUUCUUCCUCUACAGAGUUUUUGCACCCAAAGUCCUACACUGGACCUUCCGCUUCCUCUUGACCGACGGUGGGGUCGCCCGGACAACCUCCUUCAUCGGCACUGGACGGCCCCUUCUGGAGCCGUCCUCGCCCCAGAGGAUCGGAAGUCCUCUGCUCGAGGCAUCCUCCCCGCGGAGAUUCCCUGAGGGAGUUUCCAAGGCAUCCAACAGUCGGAGACUGUCGUUCUCCGAUUGAGUGAUUCAUAAAUGUUUUGCUUUGUAUUUGCCUUUUACUUGUGUUGCUUAGUAGGUUGUGCAUUAGUCAUUAGUGGGUUGAACUGUUUUGUGUGGUUGAAUAUCUAAAAUUGACUUCAAAAAGACACAAUUCGAAUAAAUUAAGACCAUAUAUUUUAAAUGUGUAGAAAAUUUAUUAGCCAAUCGCUGUAUAGUAUACAUUAUUACAGCAUCAAUAACACUCAUUUCGUCUC